AUGACCAGCCAGCUGUUAGCUCUUCUUCUCUCUCUAAUUGCUGUUAUCCUACCUCUGAGAUGUGGCUGCAGUGACAUUAUUGGAGGACACCCCGUGUCCCCCCAUUCCCGGCCCUACAUGGCUGCCAUCCAGAGAAAGAAUUUAACUGUGUGUGGAGGAGCUCUGGUGGGUGACCAAUGGGUUUUGACAGCAGCGCACUGCAGGUUAGUAUCUUACUCUGCGGCAUUCAGAGUUGUUCUUGGAGCCCACCAAGCAUCCAUACAUGAAAAAGAACAGCAGAAAUUUAAGAUCAUGAAUUUAUUUAGUCAUCCCCAGUUUAACACGUCUUCCAUGACAAAUGAUAUAAUGCUCCUCAAGCUAGAUCGUGUGGCAAAUCUGAAUAAAUACGUGCAACCUUUGCAUCUGCCUGACUGUGAUGAAGAUAUCAAACGUGGCACAGAGUGCACGGUGGCUGGAUGGGGAGUCACGUCUUCAGGAAAGCAAUCAGAAUGUCUUCAGGAAACAACUCUUAAAAUUGUUGAUAGAAAAAUCUGUGCAAAACAAUAUAUUAAAAAAAAAGUGAAAAUAACCAGCAACAUGUUGUGUGCUGGAGGGAGAAAGAAGUUUCGAAAGAGUGAUGUUUGCCAGGGAGACUCUGGUGGGCCGCUCAUCUGUGGCGGUCACUACAGUGGGAUUGUUUCUUUUGGAGAAAAAUGUGGAAAAAGACACAAAGAAUACUUGCCUGGAGUUUACACACGACUGACUAAAAAAUAUAUUGACUGGAUAAAAGAAGUAGUUUCCCAUAACAGUGUGCCUUAA